AUGCCGGACACUGAUGCACUUCAACCAUUUCUCACCCCCGCCGAGCGCGCGGUUGUUGAAUCGUAUGGUGGGUGGACAUACUUUCUGCUAAGCUUCGGUCUCACGGUAUGGGAAGACGAUGACGCUGAGAAGGGACUGAAAAUUGUGGAGGCCCUUUCUCGAGAGGAUGAAGACUCUGAAUGA